GCGCGCAACCCCCCGCGUCUUGGACUCGAUCCCUCGGACUUCGCUUUUGUCUGGACUCUGUGCGGUGUUGCUGGCAGCAUAAGGGCUCCUCGCCAUGGCACGUCCGCCCGUAGCAGACGACGAACUUCUCCAGAUUAAUGGGAGAAGUGCGCGGAUUCACCUAUACACGGCAGGCUUUGGAGCCCUGACCAAGGGACAGGUUGAUGUAUUGGAAGACAAGAUUACGGAUUAUGGCGGAAUAUUGGUAGUAACCGAAAAGGAAGCUGACAUCAUCAUCGUCCAAUAUGUCGGGCUUGAGCUCCUCCGAAUAAAGUACUGGGACUCGCGCACCGUUUGGGUGGAGGAGCCAGCAUUCAUUGAGAUAUGCAUCAAGUCAGGAAAGUGCGAAGACAACCUGCAAAAGCCCGUGCGCAGGGGUAUGGGCGGACAACCCACGGGAAGCACUCGUGUACCGUUCACUGCCGAAGAUGAUCGGCACCUAGCUGAAUACCUGGCCUCAGUCACGCCGAACGCGGAGGAGGGUGGCCGUGGGGGCAUAGAGAUCUACAAGCGACUCGUGGCCUCGCGUUUUGUCCACCAAUUUGAUCACAGAGAAUGGGUGGAUCGUCACACGAUGUGGUCCUGGCGGGAACGCUACAACAAGCGCAAACAUAUCUUUGACCCCAUCAUCAAGCAGCUGGUCACGGAGAACCCGCCUCGACAGGAUGAGAAGGGGCUGUAUGAGCGCAGUCGAGGAAUCAUACGGGGACGCCACUUAGCGCCGAAUCGAGAAGGCGAACUCGAGGAAGAAGGCGACGGCAACGCUGCACGAGAGCAGGCUGAGGAUGGAGCGGUAAACCAACAAGCCGAAGGACCAGCACCCCGCCAGCGCCAGUCCGAGCCCGUUCAAGACCCGUGGCGGGACAACGAGGACAUGGACGCGCCUCCGCGCAAGAGAGCAAGACACAUGGGUGCGCGUCAGCGACGCGCAUCUUCUGUCGAGCAUGCGCGCGGUAGGCAGCAGUCUCGGUCACCCUCCUACGUUGCUCCAGAGGGGGCCAUACCAUUUGAAGUAUCUAGUGCAGAAGAAGACGACGACACAGUCGAACGCAACGUAAACCGCCCGUCCGACAGCGGUCGGCCAGGGCCUGAGGAUGCAGGGCCCUCCGGCACACAGCAAUCCCCACGGCCUUCCUCUGCAAGCCGGGAACAGACCUCUUCACCCGCGAAGAAAGCCCGGCGGCCUCCCGUCAAACCAACCUCUCGCAGCAAUCAACGCGUCACACAGGCAGCUAAACCGGGCCCCUCACAGGUCCCCAUGAGCUCUCAAGCGACACUGGUCGGCGCUGCCUCUCAGAAACCGCGGCACCGUCCUGCUCCGCCAAGCACAUAUGACGGUCCGACUCAAGUGGCUCGAGAGGAGGAAGAGGCCGCUGGCCCCGCCCCUGUCGCUGGCCCGUCGCGCUCGCAGCCACGAUCAGCACCCUCACGAUCGAUUGCAGACGAAGUGCUCUGGCCUCAAGAACCCGUGAAGCGGCGUGCGCAAGCGCAUGAACUGAAACCGGCCAUCCUCUUUGCGCGGAAGGUAGCUAGCCGAGCUGGCAAGGGGAAGAGGAUCGGGGUUGUGUCCAACUCUCCGAUACCUGACUUCUUAUCAGAGGCAGGUGCUCCUCGCGGCGUCUCAGCUGGGGAUGCAGCACGUACGUCGAAGCUCUCCGCUAGGAAUGAUGUUGGCGUUGCCGGUCCAUCCCAUCAGCGAGAAGCAAAGCCUGAUUCUUCGCCUGAGGAAGAGGGGCAAGGACCUUCUCGACGAAUGCCGGGCCGCGGCGACGGAGAGCAAGCCGAAACGAAUGUCAAAACUCAGGAGGGCGACGAGGACGACAGAGAUGUUGAGAAGAUGCUCGCGAUGAGUCACGGUGCAAGCAUGCAUAGUGCAACCUCUAAGCACCCGUUUGAGGAGGACCUCGAUAGCGACGACGAGCGCGUACGCCGGAGCCUACUGCCAGGGACUGCCGCCAACAGGAGCCUUGACGCCUCCAGGUCUUUUGGUCCGAACACAUCAGCUACGAACCGCCUCUUCGGAUCGCAACUCCCGAUGCAUGACGCAGACCUUGACGAAGAAGCCUCGAAACCCGCGCGUCGGGCGUCAGACGUUCAACCACCUUCUGCGCAACGCUCGUCCGCAGGUCGACCAUCCGCCGGCAGACCGCCUGCGAUUCCUGUCCUACCGGCUGAGCUGGGCCGCACUGCCUCGUUGGGCUCGGAGAUGGAUUCAAUGCCGAUGCCUGGGACUCGCGCGCGACAGGAGAAGUUGCGUAUACGGGAGCAGCUCAAGCGAACUCCAUACACGCCUCCGUCUGGGACUCGCGCAGCGCAAGCAGCUGGGAUCCUCGAGCUGCGAACUCGGCAAGUAUCGCGUCCCAUUUAGAAGACGGCUCGGCGAUGGGAUGUGGAUGCUCUAUCUGGUACUCUUUGGUACCUGGGUCAGUCCCGCUGCUUCCGAGUCUGUUACAUCAUGUCGUUCGCAUACCGUUGCUCUUCUGAAUUUGACCGAUGGAAAUUGCUGUGUAUGUCUUCUAUCGACAUGCUGGGAGUUUAUAGCAGUUGGUCUGCCAGUGACGCCCACGACGGGAUGACGAUGCCGCCACAGAGUCGCGGCAAGUGGCACGGC